UGUAGAUAUGAUCUAAUGUUUAAUUUGUUAAGUGAGAAUUGCUUAAUUGAAUAGAAUGAGAUUUUUGUAUUUAAUUUGAAAGUGAAGCUUGAUUCUUAAAAGUACAACUGUUUAGAUAUGUAGCUUCUAGGUAGCUUAGUUGGGUCCAAAAGUGAUUCAAUGGUUUCGAUGUGUAGCUUCUUCGUAACUGAAUUGGGCAGAGCGGAGAGCCACCGCACAGUUAAUGUUCGACUUGGGACAGAAGGCUUAUGGGAAGCGGAUGUACGGUCGUGCCUUUGAGUUCCUAGAACGAGCACUGACAAUCAUUCCGAGGCCAACGUUAUUUGGUGGUGAGAUUCAAAUUUGGCUUGCUAUGGCCUACAAGGCUAAUAAGCGCCAUGUCGAUUGCAUUGAUCUUUAUAAGCAAUUGGAGAACAAGCACCCAAGUGUCAGCUUCCCGCACCAAGCUGCAGAGCUUCGCCACAUUUUCCAAGCACCAAAGAUCAAGAUUACUCGAGAAGAGAUGGUAGACUAUACCACUCAUGAAGCCAUUUUAUGUUCAGCUAGACAAGUGCUGAACGCUUCUUGUUUCUGUUUAGGAAAAAUGUUGGUGGGUUUGGUAAAAGGGGUCAUUAUCUUUCUCUGUUUCUCAGAUCUUCAUCUAUUUUCUCAUUGGUGAAAAAGAAGUUUAAAGAUUUCUCAUUAGGUCUCCUUCCUCAACCUCAUCAUAAAAGCAGAUGGUGGAAAUCCUCUUCUGCAGAUGGUGGAGUCUUUUGUAAAGGACUAACCAGAUUUAUAAUUACUGAGGAAGGAUUAACCAGUCUUUUGUAGAAGUGAU